AUGGAUAAGGGACGGAUGCUUGCUGAUAGGAGAUCUUUAAGGUUUCAAAUUGGGUUUGAGGCUUUUCUAAAGUUUGCUUCGGCAAACGCUGCCGACAAAUCAAGUAUACGUUGUCCUUGUACAAAGCGUUGUAACCACCUUGGAUUUACCAUUCGGGUUAUCAAGGACCAUGUAUAUUUUAAUGGCAUUCUGACCAAUUAUUUCAAUUGGAAACAUCAUGGAGAACCUUCUACCAUGAAUGCCGCUAGUGAGAUUGAGUUUGAAACAGUAGAGAUGUCUGGGGAUGUAGACAGUGAAGAUAGCGAGGGUGAGGAGAUAUCUAGUGACUCAAACGAGUUUCUCAGGUUUGUAGAAGAUGGAGAUAAACCUUUGUACCCCGGUUGUACGAAGACAACAAAGUUGAAUGGACUUGUACAAACAUUCAAUUUGAAAGCCAAGCACGGAAUGACUGAUGCUUGUUAUUCCGACAUGCUUUUGAUGAUUGGGGGGUUGCUUCCUGAAGGGAAUGAGGUUCCUGCUUCUCUAUAUGAGGCUAAGAAAACACUUGCAGUCUUGGGGAUGGAGUAUGAAAAAAUUCAUGCUUGUCCAAAUGACUGCAUCUUGUAUAGAGGGAGACAUGCUGAAGCUACAAGUUGUCCUACUUAUCUUGAAUCACGGUAUAAGAUGGGCGAGGACCAAGUUGUGAAAGUAAAGAUUCCAGCGAAGGUUCUGUGGUACUUCCCUAUCAUCCCAAGGUUCAGAAGGAUGUUUCAAUCAACGAAGACGGCUAAGGCCUUGACUUGGCAUGCAACCGAUAGGAAAAUAGAUGCCUUCAUGCGGCAUCCAGCAAAUUCACCGAAUUGGAAAAAUGUUGACACAAAGUGGCCAGAAUUUGGUAAAGAAGCUAGUUCUUUAAGCAGCCGCUACUCUUGUUGGCCAGUUAUUCUCGUCACGUAUAACCUUCCGCCAUGGUUGUACAUGAAGAGGAAAUACCUGAUGUUGUCACUGUUAAUAGCUGGGCCAAAGCAGCCCGGCAAUGAUAUUGAUGUCUAUCUACAACCAUUAAUAGACGAUUUGAAAAAACUGUGGCAAGGGGUUGAACGUGUGUAUGGUGCUAUAAGAGAGGAAUAUUUUACACUGAAGGCAGUCCUAUUGUGGACUAUAAAUGAUUUUCCGGCAUAUGGGAACCUCUCAGGUUGUGUCACCAAAGGAUAUAAAGGUUGUCAUGUUUGUGCUGAUGAAUGUAAACCCAAAUGGCUGAAACAUAGUAAGAAAAUGGCGUUUAUGAGACAUUGCCAAUUUUUACCAAGACAUCAUCCAUACCGAAAGCAGGCUGCUGCGUUCGACAAUACUAUAGAGGAAGAUGUCUCUCCAUCACCAUUAAGUGGAGAAGAAGUGUUGUUAAGAGUUGAAGGUUUGGACAACAAGUGGGGUAAAACACAACCCAAAAGACAAACUUACAAGGGCAGGAAAGAAGAUAGACCUUGCUGGAAAAAAAAGAGUAUUCUUUGA